ACGUCAAUUUGGUGCGACUGAUAGAAACGGCAUGGCAGCUUCCUUCGCCCUGACAGACUGAAUCUCCCUCGCGUUUACAAGUUUUAAAGUAAACCCGCUUAACAGUUGAAUCUUCACAACAUGGAUAUAACCGAGGAACACGAGGAAAGUCUCGGAAUAGAAGUUAUUCUUCCCCAGGACGGUAAAACGGCGCCAUGUUGUCCGCAUGGUCCAACCCUGCUGUUUGAAAAGGUGUCCAAAGGAGGAGAGACAGGCAGGAGGUUUUAUGCCUGCUCGGCCUGUCGAGACAGAAAAGACUGCAACUUCUUCCAGUGGGCCGAUGAAAAGGUGUCGGAGGUCAGGCUGUCGGCCAGGGAGGCAGAGAACCGCUCGAAGAGGCCUCCUUUCAGCCAGAAGGAGUACUGUAACAGGUUCCGAAAGUUCGCCUCCCUCCCUCUCCAUGAGAAGAAGUUCUGUCAGGACUGCCAGAUUCUGCUGCUGCCCGGAGAGCUCGCCGACCACUCGGCCCACAGGGCGGCAGCCGUCACCGCCGCUCAGCUGAGGAGGCCCAGCGCGGUGCUGCGUCCGCUGGCCAACAAGAAGAGCAACGCCCAGUACCUGUUCACCGACCGCAGCUCGCACUUCCUCCUCGACACCCUGGCCGCUCUGGGCUACAUGAAGGUGCUCUGCGUGGGAACUCCCAGACUGCAGGAGCUGAUCAAGCUGCGAAACCUGGAGCCCAAACAUAAACCAAUGAAGAGCCUGCUGCUAGACAUCGACUUCAGAUACGCCCAGUUCUACAGCCAGGAUGAGUUUUGUCAUUACAACAUGUUCAACCAUCAUUUCUUUGGAGGGGCGGCGUCCAGUGCAGUCCUGGAGGCCUUCCUCCAAGAGUCUGAUGGGGAGAAGGUGGUGAUGGUGGCUGACCCUCCGUUCGGCGGCCUGGUGAAGCCUCUGGCCAACAGUUUCUCUGUGAUAUCACAGACAUGGAGGAAGCAGCAGAGUUCUGACAGCAGUAACGUUGAGAUGCCCAUGAUGUGGAUCUUUCCAUACUUUUUUGAGCCUCGCAUCCUGGAGUGUCUCCCCUCGUUCGUCAUGCUGGACUACCAGGUGGACUAUGACAACCACCCUCUGUAUAAACAUGGGAAGACGGGCAGGAAGCAGUCUCCCGUCAGACUCUUCACCAAUAUUUCAGCCAGAGAUGUCAUCCUGCCAAAAGAGGAAGGCUACAGGUUUUGCUCCAAAUGUGAGAGAUACGUCUGGUCCCUGAACAAACACUGUUCUAAAUGCAACCUCUGCCCAUCCAAGGAUGGCCGUGAAUGGAAGCACUGCUCGACGUGUGAGAAAUGCGUGAAACCAUCCUGGAAACACUGCCAGUCCUGUGGCCGCUGUGCCCUCCCCGACCACCCAUGUGGAGAUGGGAAGGAGGGCUGCUUUAACUGUGGCAGCCUGCAGCACAAGCGCAAAGCCUGCCCUCUAAAAGACACACACCGGAUCAGCAGUCGUCUGCCAAAAGCCAAGAGCGGAGGACUAAAAGGAUCCCGUCGUCCUCUAUCCAAGCCGAAAGCUAAGAGGAAGUCGGGCGCAGCUCGCAGAGCAAAGAAGUUGGCUGCUCAGUCCGUGUGACCUUAGCUUUUCAUAUGUGCAAUCUAUAAUGGAUAUUUCUAUAGUGGCUUUUGUUGAAAAUGUUGUACUGUAGAACAAUGAAAAAGAAAUAUAAAGACUGAAUUCUGA